AUGAACCAGAAGUUAGUCCUCUACUCUUACACUUCUCACUCUGUCUAUUCGUUUGACUACCAAGCACCUGACCACGCCAUAGCGAAGCUUGAAGUGCCCUGUAAGUCUAAUGUAGAGAUUCUGGGUUCAUUCAAUGGCAUCGUACUCUUACGUAUUGGUGUUGAAUUAUGUUUGUGGAACCCAUCAAUCAGAAUGUGCCGAAAAUUUUCCCAACCCGAGUACUCACGUGGGGCUAGGACGUAUGGGCUUGGUUAUGACUCUGUUAAUGAUGAUUUUAAGGUGGUAUGGGCUGUUAUUGAUGAUUUAAGUAAUGCCCCUCGUGGCGUCCAUGUCUUCACUUGUAAACUUAGUUCAUGGAAGUGGAUUGAAGACUUGAAUACAGCGUCAAGGAAUUUUGGACGUUGGUGGUUGUGCGAAAAGGCCUUCGCGGCUUCUGUAUGCCUUUGUUAUGCAAGGGACGGAGAGGUUGUAGUGGUGUUGGAUUGGGAGGUGUUAGCCAUCUACAGAAGAAAUGAGUUUUUCUCCGUUUAUAUCCCUCAAACUUAG